CAACCAGCCAGCACCAUGCCAGCCCCAGCUGCUCCGCGCGCAGCGUUCGCGCUCCUCGCUGCUGUCGGCGUGGCCCUCUUAGCGCAGGCCAUCCCCGCCGUCAACGUCUUCAUCUCGCACGAGACGUGCCUCGAGAGCACGGGCUCGCCGGCGCUCCCGUUCCUCAACUACGGGUUCAACCAGGCGCUGUGCGCGUUCAACGUCACCUUCUCGGCGGCGUACGCCACGGUCGCGGGGCAGCAUGUGCUCGGCGCGUUUGGCGCCUUCUUCCUCGCGCCGGCCUUCAUCCUGCUGCAUUCCUCCGGCGCGGUGCGCGGCGCCCUCCUCCUCCUCCUCGGGCAGGUCGUGCCCGUGUGUAUCGUCUACCCUGCGUACGGCGCGCUCAGCGCGCCCCGCACGGCGGACAGGCGCGAGGAGCCGUGGCAGGCCCUCCUGGCCACCGUGGGCGGAUACCUCGUCCCUGGGGUGUACGCUGUGCGCUCUGGCCUCGCAUACGGCCCCCUGUCCGCGUGGCAGAUCUACCCGGUGUACACGCUGCUCAUUGCCGUUGCCUGCGCGCCGUUCGCCUUCAGCGGCGCCAAGCGGGUCGCCUACGCUCUCGCUGGCGCGGUGUGCGUCGGCACCUCGCUGUCCGCGCAGCUGCCCCUCCUGUCGGCCCUGAUCGCGGGCGAGUUCUCAGCCGCGGACGCCUUCUGGCCCAGCCAGAGCUCGUUUGCCGGCGCAGCGCUGUGGAUCUUCGUUGUCGACUUUGCCGUCGUCGUUGUCGCGUCGCUUGUGCUCGUGGCCCCGAAGUCUGUGGUGGGGUGGGCAGGCUUGUUGGCGACCAGUGCCGCACUUGGCCCGGGGGCAGCUGUCAUCCUCUUCUGGCUGCCGCAGGUGUGGUAGGAGUGUCAUGUACUGUGCCUACAUGCCACUCAUCACAGGAGCGCCGGCCCGACGUGCCAGUCGCCCCCCUGGCCAUCGCAGUCGGCGAAGACACAAUCAGCGGGCUUCACUCGGCGAUUGCCGGGGAUAGGCGGUGGAGUCGGUGAUACCCCGACGCGUCUUCGCAAUCAUCGACUCGGCGCGAUCGUAGC